AUGUCUACAUCAUUUUCCGUGGCUGAUGUGGCCAAGCACAACAAACCCACUGACCUCUACAUUGUGGUCGACGAAGACGUCUAUGACUUGACAAAUUUCCAGGACAAUCAUCCGGGUGGCAAGAAGAUCUUACAACGAGUCGCAGGCAAAGAUGCGUCAAAGCAGUUCUGGAAGUAUCACAAUGAAAGUAUUCUCAAGAAGUACAAAGCACAACUGCAGGUUGGAUCCUUGGAUAGCAAGAAAGUCGAGGCAGCUGCUCCUCCGCCUCCAGCACCAGAAGAGCAGAAUGACAAGAGUGAGAAAGUUGUACCUUCCUCCGAGCCUGGCCAGGUUGUCGUCCCAGCACCUGGUCCUGCCGCGGCCGAAGAGACUGCGGAAGCCAUGGACGCAUUCGGUAGCCUCAUACCAUUCGCAGAUCCAAACUGGUAUCAGUCCUACCACUCGCCUUACUACAACGAGUCACACGCUGCCCUCCGAGCUGAAGUCCGAGAAUGGGUCGACAACGAGCUGGAACCCUUCGUUACAGAAUGGGACGAAGCAAAGAGAGUGCCAGAGAAGAUCUAUAAACAGAUGGGAGAAAAGGGAUACCUCGCCGGUCUUAUGGGUGUUCACUACGACGCCAAGAUGACCAAGAAUACAGUCAAGAGCGUCCCACCUGAGAAAUGGGAUCUUUUCCACGAAAUGCUUCUUACUGACGAGCUGUCCCGAACUGGCAGUGGUGGUCUAGUUUGGAACCUGAUUGGCGGCUUCGGUAUCGGCUGUCCUCCUCUCGUCAAGUUUGGCAAGAAGCCUCUCGUCAACAGAAUCCUCCCUGAUAUCCUCAAUGGUGACAAACGUAUCUGCUUAGCCAUUACUGAACCAGAUGCUGGCUCUGACGUCGCCAACCUCACCUGUGAGGCUAAGCUCUCAGAAGACGGCAAACACUACAUUGUGAACGGUGAGAAGAAAUGGAUCACUAACGGCAUCUGGUCUGACUACCUCACCACUGCUGUCCGGACAGGAACUCCUGAAUCUGGCAUGAAUGGCAUCUCUGUGCUACUCAUCGAGCGCACAGAAGGCGUAAGCACUCGCAAGAUGGAUUGUCAAGGAGUAUGGUCAUCAGGUACAACAUAUAUCACUUUCGAAGACGUAAAGGUCCCAGUCGAAAACCUGAUUGGCAAGGAGAACCAAGGCUUCAAGGUCAUCAUGACCAACUUCAACCACGAACGUAUCGGUAUCAUUAUUCAAUGUCUGCGCUUCUCUAGAGUCUGCUUCGAAGAAUGUGUCAAGUACGCCAAUAAAAGAAAGACAUUCGGUCAAAAACUCAUCAACCAUCCCGUCAUCCGACUCAAGUUAGCCCACAUGGCCCGACAAAUAGAGUCUUCCUAUUCCUGGCUCGAGAACCUCGUCUAUCAGUGCCAGAGAAUGGGCGAGACAGAAGCCAUGUUGAGACUGGGCGGUGCUAUCGCUGGACUGAAGGCCCAAGCUACAACCACAUUCGAGUUUUGCACAAAAGAGGCUGCUCAGAUAUUUGGAGGAUUGGCUUACAGCAGAGGUGGUCAAGGUGGCAAAGUGGAGAGGCUGUACAGAGAUACCCUGGCCUACAAGAUCCCGGGUGGAAGUGAGGAGAUCAUGCUGGACCUGAGUAUACGGCAAAGUAUGAGGGUGCACAAAGCGCUGGGUAUGAAGCUGUGA